ACCUUGUUUCGCACGGCCAACGUUGCGUAUGAGUGUUGCUUAGAUGACUUUGUUGAUUUGCUUGUUGCUUUCAUUAUCAAUGUCAAUGCGCCCCAAUGAGCUCUAUAGAGGUUCAGUGUAUCUGUGGGAUACUUUGGCUCUCAAUCUCAAUCUCUCUCUAUCGCUGAUUGCUUUUGUUUCACCCUGAGUUAAUGGGGCAUUUCGCAAACAGAAAGGAAUAAGAAUAAGAGCAAAUAAUGAAGAGUCCCAUCUGUAGGUCAUGAGCAAAUUCCACUUUGUUGCAAAUUGAUUUCCUUCUGCGCUAUUUAUUUACUUUCGUGUUGAUGUCGCCACUUCUAGCCACCUCUCUGUGCAUUUUAUGCUCUCAGCCUUAUCAUUGUUUGUAUUUUGUAUAUUUUUAUAUUUUUGCAUCGAAGAAAAUUGUAUUCAUUUUGCUUGAGCAAUCGAAUUUGUGUUUUGCAGUUCGAGUGGCGCGGGUCUUGUUUUGUUUUUAUUUUUAGCGCGAAAUUACGAAAUUUUCUCAGCCAUUUCUGAUUGUUUUAUUAAUUUAUUGAAAAUGCGUCUAAGCCGCUUUCGAUGUUUGCCAGGCGUUUUCAGCGGCUGUAGGAUGAGCAAUGCGGGAAUCGACGGCGGAGGAGGAGGAGGCGGCGGAGGAUCGGGAUCAGUAUCCGGAUCAGCGGUGCCGCCCACAACGCCACCACCCACUGGCCAUGGAUCCACUCGUCGCCUGAGCCACCUGACGGGCAGUAGCCGUUCGGGAGGAGCCGCCGCCAUGGGCAAUGUGGUGGGCUGGCUGAAGCAGGCAUCCAUCGAGGUGCGAGACGCCGGCACAAGGACGUUGUCGAUGCUGCAGAGCAGCAAUCCCAACUUUCGAUCCUUGGACCUUUCACUGGGCACGCCCACACCCACGACGCCCACCUCUAGCGAAAUCCCAGUUGCUCCGGCCAGUGCCACCGCCUCGCUCAGUGGAUCCACAUUGCAGUUCGGACCGGACGAACCCGACGAAGGAUCCGCCGCCGGAGGAAGCCAGUCGCUGACGCCGCUGGAUGCCAGGGAACUCCUGACGAGACCCACACGCGCCUACGCUUCCGUCAGCCAGCCCCAAAGCCCCAGGCAUCGGGGAUCGGGCUCGGGAUCCGUUUCCGGCUCGCGAAUAAUCACACACGGCCUGACCGGCCGCUCCACAUCGAUAUCCUCGCAGCUGGAGAAGACCAAGAAGCUGCUGAAAAUGACCGAGGGCGAGGACAAGCCGCUGAUCAUUCUGCACUACAACGAUGUCUACAAUAUCGAGUCCAUGGCGGAAACGGAACCAGUGGGCGGGGCAGCCAGAUUUGCCACGGCCAUCAAGAGUUUUGCCCAUCUUAAUCCCCUGGUGCUCUUCAGUGGAGACGCCUUCUCGCCCAGCAUGUUGAGCACCUUCACCCAGGGCGAACAGAUGAUUCCUGUGCUCAACUCCGUGGGAACCCACUGUGCGGUCUUUGGAAAUCACGAUUUUGAUCACGGUUUGGAUGUGCUGGUGAAGCUGAUCAAGCAGACGGACUUCCCUUGGCUCAUGUCAAAUGUGGUGGACAACGAAACCGGUCGUCCCUUGGGCGGCGGAAAGAUCUCGCACUUUAUACUGCACAACCAGAUAUCGAUUGGAUUGAUUGGUCUGGUGGAGCGUGAGUGGUUGGAGACCCUGCCGACCAUCGAUCCCAAUGAGGUGACCUACAUCGACUACGUGGAGGCGGGCAACAAGCUGGCCCGCGAGCUGAGAAACGAGGGCUGUGACCUCAUCAUCGCCCUCACCCACAUGCGCACCCCCAACGAUAUUAACCUGGCCGAGAAGUGCAACGGAAUCGAUAUUAUCCUCGGUGGCCACGAUCACGUUCGCGAGGUCACCGAAAUCAACGGCAAGAUGAUCGUCAAGUCGGGCACGGACUUCCAGCAGUUCUCGGUGAUUACCAUCGAGCGGGAUGCCGCCAAUCGGGACCACUUCACCACGGACGUCAAAUGCUUCGAUGUGACGGCCAAAAUUCCGGAGGAUCCGGAACUGAAGCAGGAGCUCUCCAAAUAUGCCAAGUUCAUCGAGAGCAAGCUGUCGGAUGUGAUGGGCGUGUUCAGCGUUGAGUUAGACGGCCGCUUUUCCCGAGUCCGAACCCAGGAGACGAAUCUGGGCAACUGGGUGUGCGACGUGGUGCUGGCCGCCGUCGGUGCCGAUGUGGUCAUCCUGAAUGGAGGCACUUUCCGCUCCGAUCGCGUGCAUCCGGUGGGUGCCUUCACCAUGGGCGAUCUGGUUAAUGUUAUACCCAUGCGGGAUCCACUGAUCCUGCUCGAGGUCAAGGGUCAGGUGCUGUGGAAAGCACUGGAGAACGGUGUGUCGGCCUAUCCAAAGCUGGAGGGCCGAUUUCCCCAGGUGUCAGGGAUCAGCUUUGCCUUCGAUCCGCAGGCGGAGCCCGGCAAGCGCAUCGAUCCGCAGCUUAUCCAGGUGGGCGAUGAGUACCUUAACCUGGAGCAGACAUACAAGCUGUGCGUCAAGAGCUACAUCUUCAUGGGCUGCGAUGGCUAUACGAUGUUCAAGGACGCCACUGUGCUGAUGGAUGACGAUGCCUGUCCAGAAUUGGGGAUUACACUGCAGAACCACUUCAAGGCCAUCAAUUCCCGUAAGUGUGGGCAAAACACAAAGCACCGACAGUCACUGGUGACACUUUCGCGGAGGCACAGUUUGGUCCAGUGUCUGGAUAGCAUGGAUCUCGAUGGACCAUCCCCCAUCCGCAAGUUGUCCGUGGGCCAUCACAACAAGUCGAUGGAUUUGACGCAUGGCAAUUCCCAGAAGAUGCUGCGACGGGCUUCCUUGGAUGACCUGGAGCAGUCCACCUGCGACUUGGCGCCCCAGUUGGAGCACCGCAUCGUUAUGAUACAAAACGAAGAGCAUCACCGACAGCUACUGUUCAAAAAGGAGACGCACAUCAUGAAUUCCACAAUCGCCGAGGCCGAGGACGAUUACAAAAAAAUUAGACAACUUGAUUUAAGGGCAGGUUCCGAUGCGGAGAGAAAUAUUUGAAUAGGGAUUAGGCAAAAGCAAAGCGAAGAUAUACCCGUUAGCUAGUUAGUUAGUUGGCAGAUCUGUGGGAUCGUGUCCUAUAUUUAUUACCGUUUAUUGUUACCGCUCCUCUGUUUUCUUCGGCUAAGUUUCGUUGUGAACGUUUUUAAGACUUCCCCAGAGAUGUAUGAACUUGAUAUUGAUAUUGUAUAUGAUGUAUGUGGAUGUAGUGAGUACGUGUACCUAAAGCUUACCGCUAGUUUAAUUUACCUUUAAUUAGAUAAACUGAUUUACACAACCAA